AUGACGACGGACCUGAGACGAGUGCUAGAAGCCCUGGUUCAAGCGGAAUCCACGGAGAGCACGCAAAUUUUGGAAAUAAGAGCUUCAAGCGUACUUGACGAAGACUUUGGCGUGAACGUUGGUGCAACGUUCGAUGACGAGCAGCGUGCAUAUUGCGGCUCGAAAAUGAACAGCCACUGA